AGCAGACCAUCCAAUCAUGGAUAAAAAUGAGCUGGUGCAAAAGGCCAAACUGGCAGAGCAGGCUGAACGGUAUGAUGACAUGGCAGCCUGCAUGAAGUCUGUAACUGAGCAAGGAGCGGAAUUAUCAAAUGAGGAGAGGAAUCUUCUCUCAGUUGCGUAUAAAAAUGUUGUAGGAGCCCGUAGGUCAUCUUGGAGGGUCGUCUCAAGUAUUGAACAAAAGACGGAAGGUGCUGAGAAAAAACAGCAAAUGGCUCGAGAAUACAGAGAGAAAAUUGAGACGGAGCUAAGAGAUAUCUGCAAUGAUGUACUGUCACUUCUGGAAAAAUUCUUGAUCCCCAAUGCUUCACAAGCAGAGAGCAAAGUCUUCUACUUGAAAAUGAAAGGCGAUUACUAUCGUUAUUUGGCAGAGGUUGCUGCUGGUGAUGACAAGAAAGGGAUUGUGGAUCAGUCACAACAAGCAUACCAAGAAGCUUUUGAAAUCAGCAAAAAGGAAAUGCAACCAACACAUCCUAUCAGAUUGGGUCUGGCCCUUAACUUCUCUGUGUUCUAUUAUGAGAUUCUUAACUCCCCGGAGAAAGCUUGCUCUCUUGCAAAGACAGCUUUUGAUGAAGCCAUUGCUGAACUUGAUACAUUAAGCGAAGAGUCAUACAAAGACAGCACGCUAAUAAUGCAGCUACUGAGAGACAACUUGACAUUGUGGACAUCAGAUACCCAAGGAGAUGAAGCUGAAGCAGGAGAAGGAGGGGAAAAUUAACCAGCCUUCCAACUUUUGUCUGCCUCAUUCUAAAAUUUACACAGUAGACCAUUUGUCAUCCAUGCUGUCCCACAAAUAGUUUUUUGUUUACGAUUUAUGACAGGUUUAUGUUACUUCUAUUUGAAUUUCUAUAUCUCCCAUGUGGUUUUUAUGUUUAAUAUUAGGGGAGUAGAGCCAGUUAACAUUUAGCGAGUUACCUGUUUUCAUCCUGAGAUGGCCAAUAUGGGGAUGUGGAAUUUUUAUACAAGUUAUAAAUGUUUGGCGUAGUACUUUUGGUACAUUGUGGCUUCACACGGGCCAGUGUUAAAACUGCUUCCAUGUCUAAGCAAAGAAACUGCCUACAUAUUGGUUUGUCCUGGUGGGGGAUAAAAGGGAUCAUUGGUUUCAGUCACAGGGGUAGUUACUGUGGGUACUUUAGGGUUUGGAGCACUUACAA